AUGAUAAACUCUACACAGGUUUCAUAUUUCAUACUUGCUGCCUACUUUGAUGCUGGAGCUUUAAAAUAUUUAUAUUUCAUGGUCCUUAUUUUUGUUUAUGUUGUGAUUACUUGUGCUAAUCUGUUGCUCAUUGUUGUUAUCUGUAUGAACAGAAGUUUACAUGAACCUAUGUACGUGUUUCUGUGCAGCCUGUUUGUCAAUGACUUGUAUGGUAGUACAGGGUUGUUUCCUUUCCUCCUGGUUCAGAUCCUCUCUGACAUUCACACUGUUUCUGUUCACUGCUGUUUUCUGCAAAUGUUCUGUAUUUAUACCUAUGCAUGUGUGGAGUUUACAAAUUUAGCCGCCAUGGCUUAUGACAGAUACAUUGCUAUAUGUUUUCCUCUACAGUACAACACCUGGAUGACGUAUAACAAGGUUGUCAUACUCAUUGUGGUUAUAUGGUUACCUCCUUUGGUUGUUGUUUGUGUCACAACAUGCCUGAGUGCCUCAUUACAGCUGUGUGGGAACAUCAUAAACAAAGUGUACUGUGGAAACUACUCCAUCAUGAACCUGGCAUGCUCUGACAUCACUGUAAAUAAUAUCUAUGAACUCACUGCUGCUUGUCUCAUAGUCGGGGCCCCAGUAUCUGUAAUCCUUUACACGUACAUCAGGAUCCUUAAAGUGUGUUUUUCUGGCUCUACACAGACCAGACAGAAAGCUGUCAGUACCUGCUCACCUCACCUUGCCUCUCUGCUGAACUUUUGUUUUGGGGGUUGCUUUGAAAUAUUACAGAGCAGAUUCAAUAUGGACACUGUACCCAAUAUGCUACGAAUAUUUUUGGCGUUGUACUUUCUUACCUGUCAGCCACUAUUUAACCCUGUAAUAUAUGGCCUGAACAUGUCUAAAAUAUACAUUAUAU